GCGAGGAUAAAGCAAGAUGGCGUCUGACGGUGAAGACGUUAUUGCAGUCGUCACAGUUCAGUGUUCUUAAUCUGUGCGUCCAUGUACACAUAUAUGUCCUUUAUUACACUCUAUUAAAUAGAGUAAUAAUAACUGUUUGUAUAUUAGUCUGAGCGCACUGUGAUGCUUCUCCAGCUAGCUUAGCUUGCUAGUUAGCUUAGCUUGUUAGCUGCUAACAAAGAGAGGCGGAAGUGAUGAAAACACAUCGCUAAGCAGAGAUCAAGUGUGAGUGUAAAGUGUUGUGAUUGUGUGAAAAUGUGCGAAAGAACCAUAGCAGAGUACGAGGAGGAACUUUGUCCAACAAAAGAGGAGAAGGAGCGACAACAUGAAAAACAUCAAGUUGUGUUACACACAACAGACAUCCAUCAGCUGAUUGGACACCAAGAAGAAUGUCUCCCUCAUCUGCAGGGGGAAAGUUUCACUUCAGAGAAUCCACAGCCCUCACAUUUGAAAGGGGACGAGAAGGAUCCGAAGCCCCCCUAUUUUAAAGAGGAAGAUGAGGGAGAGUGUCCUGUAGGGCAGGAGGAGGAUGAUGUCAGCAAGUUUCCACUGACUGUUGUCUCUGUGAAGACUGAAGAGCAUGAAAACAAAGCACCUGAGUCCUCACAGCUUCAUCACAGUCCAAACGUCCAACAGCCCCUUCACAUUAAAGAGGAAGAGAAGGAUCCACAGCCCACCCAUAUGAAAGAGGAAGAGAAGGAUCCACACAUGAAAGCGGAAGAGGAGGGAGAAUGUGUUGUAGGGCAGGAGGAGGAUGAUGUCAGCAAGUUUCCACUGACUGUUGUCUCUGUGAAGACUGAAGAGCAUGAAGACAAAGCACCUGAGUCCUCACAGCUUCAUCACAGUCCAAACGUCCAGCGGGUGUCAGCGGGGAGUCAUGAAGAGGAGUGGCACACCAGUGUGGGACAGAAGGAGCUACAGGCCCCCUCCCACAUUAAAGAGGAGCAGCUUCAUGAUGAAGAUGAAGCUCAGUCCUUACAGCUUCAUCACAGUCAAAGUGAGGAGAACAGAGGGGCGGAGCUUGUAAGUCAACACAUCACAGAAGCUGAUGGAGAGCAUUGUGAAGAUAUCAAGUCAGAACCAGACAGCAUCUUUGCUCCACUGUCAGACAUGGACCACAUGAUGUCACACUCUUCUGAUCACAGUGACCACAUCCAAAAACCUUUGGAGAGUAAGAAUGACUCUAAAGGUGAUACGAGACAUCACACUAACAACAAACACUUUGACUGCUCUGAAUGUGGGAAAUCAUUUAGACUGAAGACUAAUUGUACAGUACACAUGAGAAUACAUACUGGAGAGAAACCUUUUACUUGCUCCGUUUGUCAGAAGAGUUUCUCCACAAAGCAAAGCAUGACCACACACAUGAGAACACACACUGGAGAGAAACCUUUUAUUUGCUCUGUUUGUAAGAAGAGUUUCUCCACAAAGCAAAUCAUGGCCACACACAUGAGAACACACAAUGGAGAGAAACCUUUUACUUGCUCUGUUUGUGGGAAGAGUUUCUUCCAAAAUGGUAACAUGACCAGACACAUGAGAACACACACUGGAGAGAAACCUUUUACUGGCUCUUUUUGUGCUAAAAGAUUCAACACUAAGAAAGACAUGACCACACACAUGAGAAUACACACUGGAGAGAAACCUUUUACUUGCUCUGUUUGUGCUAAAAGAUUUAACACUAUGAAAGACACGACCAGACACAUGAUAACACACACUGGAGAGAAACCUUUUGCUUGCUCAGCUUGUGCUAAAAGAUUCAACACUAAGAAUAACAUGAUAUCACACAUGAGAACACACACAGGUGAGAAAACUUUUGCUUGCUCUGUUUGUAAGAAGAGUUUCUCCAGCAAGCAUCACAUGACCACACACAUGAGAACACACACUGGAGAGAAACCUUUUAGUUGCACUGCGUGUGUUUAAAGAUUCAUGUAUAAGUAUCAGGUCAGUAAACACAAAUGUGUAACAGUCAUGGAAGCUGCAGGGAUGUAAAAACACUUAAACAGUGAUUGUGCUAAAUGUGGUUUAAAAACACAGCAUGUUUAAUAAGAAUGUAUAUUUGAUGUUGUAUGUAGUGCUUCUCAUCUUCUAGUCUUAUAUGUUGUCCUCUAGUUACUUUUUAAGUUGUGUGCAUGUAUUGAAUAUUAUAUAUGUAGCUACUAUUUUAUUUUGUUUUCUCACUGUUAAAGAGAGGACAUCUUAUUAUUCUCAUUUGUAUUUUUUUCACACAUUUUUUCCAUUGCAUUUUAUUGAUGUUAUUAUCCAAUUAAAAGUAUGAAUGAAUAAAAUGGUUAACAAAAUGUGGACUCUGGUAGAUUAGCAGCAUUGUUACAUCAUGGAUGUUAACUACUGCAAAACAUCAACAAAGAAGAAAAAUGCUGAAGUUAGCAACACAUCACUGAACUUUAGAGCCAUCGUGAGUGGAGUUGCUUGUUUUUAUUGCUGCAUUUGUACUUAUUUCAUCUCACAUCUUCACUUUUAAUCCUA